CGUUGCCCAGUCACAGUCACAGUCUAAUAAUGAAAGCAGCGUCUUCUUUGUUGCUCGUUCUUGCACUUGCUGCUUGCGCAUAUGCAGCCUCCUCUAGAAAAUCUUCGAAAUCAAAAAGCGAAGAUGAUGCUCUAACGUCAGACGAAUGUCCCGAACCGAACGGCUUCUUUGCUGAUGCAGAGCAAUGUGAUAAGUACUACCAAUGCGAAGAAGGUGCCAUAACUGAGAAACUAUGUCCUGAUGGUAUGGUUUUCAACGAUUACAGCACUGAAUAUGAAAAAUGUGAUUUACCAUUCAAUAUUGAUUGUAGUGCAAGACCUAAACUGCGUAAGUAG